CGCCUUCCCACCAAAUUCCCACCCAAAAGAAAAACAAAAAAGGAGAAAGAAAUGAAUUGGAGAGAGAAACAGAGGGAGAUGAAUCAUCAUCGUCGUCAUCUCUCCGCCUCGCUCCCCGUUAAAAAAGCGGCCUCCGCCGCCGCCCUCCUCCUACCCACCAUCAUUCUCAUUAUUAAAAUCGGUCCCUUUUAAAAAGAGAGAAAAACCUCAGCUCGUUCUAUCUUCUUUCCCCAUUCCCCAUUUCUCUCCCCCGCCACUCAACUGUUUCGCCAAGGAAGAAGAAAGGGGGAAAGAAGGGAUUUUUUCCGUAUCGGGAAGUGUUUUCUUACGAUUUCCCCCAAAACCCCUAGGUUUAGCUUCUGGGUUUGAGUUUUUUUCUUUGUGGGUCUAGAAUGGGGGAAUUCGAGAACCGGGUAGCUUGCGACGAUGGUGCGGCGGAGGGGCGGAAUGAGGAGGAGCAGAAGCUGAUCGAGGACGUCGCCGUGGUGGAUUUUGACCUGCUCUGCUCCACCGUCGCGCUGCAGACGCAGGGGAAAUGGACGACCAAGGUCCAAGCCGCCGACGAGGAAUUCCACGACGGCGGCGCCUCCGUGUUCCGGAUGUGGGAAGGUGGGGUGCUCGAUUUCUGCGAUGACCGCCGCCUUGCCGUUGAAUCGUUCUGUUGUCCUUGCUAUAGAUUUGGGAAGAACAUGAGGCGAGCUGGUUUUGGUUCUUGUUUCCUUCAGGCAACUGCGUAUUACAUUCUAGCUCUAUUUGCGCUUCUCAAUCUCGUUGCAUUCUUCGUCACAAAGAGGCAUGCUUUCCUCUAUCUAGCAAUCGGGUUCACAGUUCUAGUGGGAAUAUAUCUGGGUUUCUUCCGGUCUCAGAUCAAAGACAAGUUUAACAUCAGGGGUAGUGAUAGUUCAUUGGACGAUUGCUUCUACCAUAUCUUCUGCCCUUGCUGCGCUUUGAGCCAGGAGGCGAGAACGCUAGAGAUGAACAAUGUACAAGAUGGGACGUGGCAUGGGCGGGGUGAUACGAUCUGCGUAGGCGGGUAUAGCGAAGGGAGCCAUGCUUACUUGCAGCUUCACCCUCCUGCCAUUUUUACAACCAAAUCCCCAGACAACAGCAGCAGCCCACAGAAGGUUAGUGACGAUGAAUGCUGAUGACUGGUGUCUCCAAGUUCGUCUUCUCCUUUCAAUUCCCGCUCUGCAAUUUCGCUCAACAUUUGAGGAACGAGAAUGACGCGGGAUGAGAGAGCUAAUUGCGUUGUUUGUAGUUUGUAUAUACUCGAUCGCAAGGAAGUAUUAGUCCAAGUGUAUGAUAUUCGUUUCUUUAGUCUUCGUAAUUUAUAUGAAAGGAAUAAAAUUGGAUCAGAUAAAUCAGCAUCAUUUGACACCACAUUGUCAUCUACUUCCCACCAACAGUGGCUUACAUGAAGAGCUGCAUUCCUAUGAGACUACUGUUACUGAUAAAGCUCUUGUCGAGACGAGCUCGAGCUACAUUCUCUUAACUGACUUCACGUCACGCUGAGCUCGAACCGAGUCUACACCCUACCGAGAACGUGCUCGGCUCGACAUCAGCUCUAUCGGGUUACUUACUACUGUGGAACACAUGAUCUAGCCCUAGACUUCCAUUUGACUAGAAGCUAGUGUUAGGACUUUUAGCUAAAACCAGCGUGGAAUCUAUUCGAACCCGUUCUCCACCAUACCCUGUUUUCUUGAAUAGACGAAACAGAGGCAC